CCAAUUGAUCUAUUUUGGCUUUUUACGUGGCCUCUGCGUGAUUUUUUUCAUGUCUUUAGUCGACGACCAGUCCGCGAAGAUACCUCGCUGCUUCCGAAACUUUUUUUUGUGUUCUUGGUUGUCUUUUCGGAACAUGUUUGUGCUCAUGUUUUCACUUUACUUGCUUGCCUUGUCGUUUGUGCCGCUCCACUCGACGCAAGUUAGCAGCAAUGACAAGCCUAUUAUCGGUAUUUUGGCGCAAGAUCUCUCUACACCGAAAGACGACCGAAUCGCUUACAUCGCUGCUUCUUAUGUCAAGUUCUUGGAGUCGGCGGGAGCCAGAGUGGUUCCCAUCAUGAUUAACCAGCCUGAUGAAGAGUACAGGAGACUUUUCAAAUCCAUUAAUGGAGUGCUUUUCCCUGGAGGAGGAGCCAGCAUCUUCUCUUCGGGUUACCAACGCAGCGCCAAGAUUUUUUACGAGAUGGCCCUGGAGGCCAACCUGAAAGGUGACUAUUUCCCCAUCUGGGGGACAUGUCUGGGCAUGGAGCAGCUGCUGCUGUUGACCAACGGCAUCUCGCUCCUCACGCGCACCAACACCAGUGGAGUGUCCUUGCCGCUCAACUUCACCAAAGAGGCUAAAGGUAGUAGGAUGUUUGGGAACUUCCCUGAUGAACUCAUGGACGCUUUGGCGCUGGAGCCACUCACUGAGAACUCUCACCGUUGGAGUUUGGCCGUCGAAGCUUUCAACAGCAGCAAUGCGUUGACCACCUUCUACAAAGUUCUUUCCACCAACACGGACGGAUUAACAGAGUUUCUAUCCACAGUUGAAGCAUUCGACUACCCAAUUUACGGCACGCAGUGGCACCCGGAGAAAAACGCUUUCGAGUGGAGAAAGCCGUACAUUACGCACACGCCUUCGGGAGUGCGCGUCACCUUCUUCAUGGCCGAGUUCUUCGUAGGCGAAGCUCGCAAGAACUUCCACAAAUUUGCCACCGAAGAGGAGGAAAACCAAGCGCUCAUUUAUAACUUCAGUCCUGUGAAAAGCAGCGCCAAAAGCAUCUUUGAGCAAGUUUACUAUUUCUGAAACGCAACGUAACAACCUCAGUUUAUUGUCGAGUAAAUGAUCGCGAUGUAGUGAUAGAUACAUACCUCGUUUUUCUAAUAUAUGUAGCGAUAAUAAAUGACGAAUAUGCCAGCAGAUGGCGUUAAUGAAACUUUUAUAUUGCGCCCCAAUUUUUUUUUAUUGGUGAUAGAUGUCCAAUCAUCCUUCUGCUUUGAAUUUAAAUGAGUUUAUCGCUACUAAACGUCCAAUCCAUUUGUACUGGGAUGCGCAGCCCUCCCAGUUCAAAUGGAUUGGACGUCUAUUGCCGGCUAGGGAGUAAAUGGGAGUUUACAUUUAAAAGAAAUCGUUUACAAUAGAUUUAUUUUGUCGGAAGCCGCUUGAAUUAAGAUACUCAGGGUUUAAUUUGUGCAAUUUAGUGCACUGCAUGUAUCCUAGUGCAAGGGAAUUAAUCGUUUAAAAUGUUUGUUUUUUGGGAAAAAAAUGAAGAGCUGAGUCCCAAACAUUGAUGUUUUUAUUCGAGUCUUUUCAACAAGUACCUUCAUGCCACCAUUUUGCCGUCUAACAUAAGAAAAAAACACUUUUUUGGAAGGUGUGGCCUCCAUAAUACAAACUUUAAUUAAGGAAUCAACAAAAAUUAACUCAUUCACUGGCAUUGACGGCGCUUGAGUCAAAUUGGAUUGGAUGUCUAGUGCCGUCAGUGGCAGCUGAUGAGUUAAUUGACAAUUAUGAUUAAUAUAUGGUAACAUUUACACAACAUAGACGCAUUUGUUUCCAUUUAGGAACAUUCAAGAUGUCAAUUUUUAAAUGAAAUCGGAACGUAAGAUGACACUUAAAAUUAACGUUAGCAUUUCGUCCACAAGUUCAACGCUUCUGUACAACCCCUAGCAAAAAGUAUGGCAUCACCAGUCUCGGACGAGCACUCACUCAGACAUUUUAUUAUGUAGAACUAACUCAGAUAAAAAGCUUGAAAAAAUAAUGAAUGAUUUAAAAAGUGCAACUCAUUGUAGUUUAGAAACACUAAAAUAAAUGACUCAAAAACAUUGUGGUGGUCAGUAAAUGUUACUUUUGUAGAGCAAGUGCAGGGGGGAAAAAAAUGAAAUCGUGAGAAACAAACAUAGAAAUAACAAUCACAACACAUCUCUAGUAUUUAGUUGCACCACCUCUGGCUUUUAUGACAGCUUGCAGUCUUCGAGGCAUGGACUUGAUGAGUAGUCUUCAUCAAUUUGGUGCCAACUCUCUUUGAUUGCAGUUGCCAAAUCAUCCUUGCAGGUCGGAGCCUUGCUGUGGACGAUUAUUUUCAAUUUCCAACAUAGGGUUUCAAUAGGGUUGAGAUCUGGGCUAUUUGCAGGCCAGGGCAUUGACUGGAUGGGUCUUUUACCUCUGUGGCAUGAUGCAUUGUCUCAUCUUGGAAAAUGAUUUCAUUAUCCCCAAACAUAUUUUCAAUUGAAGGGAUAAGCAAGCUGCCUAAAAUUUCAAUGUAAACUUGCGCAUUUAUUGCAGAUUACAUGCAGCCCCAUAUCAUCAAGAACUGAGGGAAUUUUUGAUGUUUUCUUCAGGCAGUCAUCUUUGUAAAUCUCACUGGAACGGCACCAAACAAAAGUUCCAGCAUCAUCACCUUGUCCAAUGCAGAUUCUUGACUCAUCACGGAAAACAACUUUCAUCCAGUCAUUUACAGUCCGUGAUUGCCUCGCCUUAGCCCGUUGCAGUCUUGUUCUUUUUUGUUUAAGUGAUUGUUUCCUUUUAGCUUUCCUGUAUGAAAAUCCCAGUUUCUUUAGGUGAUUUUGCACAGUUCUGUCACAUACUCCAGCUUCAUCCCAUUUCUUCAUUUGUCUUGUUGUACAUCUUCUGUUUUCAAGACAUAUGGCCUUUAGUUGUUUGUCAUGACGUUUGGAUGUCUUCCUUAGUCUACCAGUAUGCUUAACUUUUACAAAUUUGCCAUUAGGGUUGGGCAUCGUUUGAAAUUGAACGAUUCCGCGUUUCGAUUCCGAUUCUUUUAAGAGGGAGGAUAAAAAAAAAAUGCAGGGUCAAAUAAAAUUGCAUAGUUUAUAUUAAAGUCUUAACUUCUCGAUGAUUUUUAAAAAUUAAAUGAACUUCUCACAGGACUAAUUUUAACUUGUAUAUAAAUAUCAGUCUUUGAACUCAAGCAAUUUUUUUUCCACUUGGCUGUCAGGGCAUUGUAACAAGGACUCGAAAUUUUAAAAUUCGAAUGAUUCCGUGAUCAUAGGAGUGUUACAACCGGUUCCCAUCGAUGCCCAACCCUACUUGCCAUGCUGUUUGUACUUGGUCCAGAUUUUUGAUACAUCUGACUGUGAACAGCCCACAUCUUUGGCAACCAUACGUGUAGCGUUACCUUUUUCAAGUUUGAUAAUUCUCUCCUUGGUCUCAAGAGACAUUUCUCUUGUUGGAGUCAUGAUUCUUAUGAAUCCACUUGGUCCAGCAGCCCUCCAAGGUGUGAUAACUGCUGACUAACGACCAGAUCUAAUCUGAGGUAGGGGCUCAAUUAAGGAAAGGAAAUUGGGUGUGUCUGUAUUUUCUACUCAAAAUGGAGUGAUUCCAUAUUUUUUUUCCUCUGCAUUUGCUCUAUAAAAGUAACAUUUACUGACCACACAAUGUUUUUUAUUCAUUUCUUUUAGUGUUUCAGAAUGCCAAGAAGUUGCACUUUUGAACUACCAUAUUGGCCCGAAUAUAAGACUGUUUUUUGCAUUGGAAUAAGACUGAAAAAAAGGGGGUCGUCUUAUGUUCGCGGUCUAGACAGCAUACCCAUUCACGUUAGAUUGCGCCAGAUAUCAUUGAAGCGAUGUUCUGUCAUGACAGAUCUUAGUUUCAAGUUUAACCAGUUUGCAUUAUUUUAUUGCAAUGUUUUUCCUUAUUCAGAUUUGUUUCAAGACUACAGUUAGUUAGACUUCACUUUGAUGGUUAAUGCGGUUAUUGCAAUUUUGUUUUAUCACAAUAGAUUGGUUUAUUUACAUUUCAAAAACCAGAAGCCAUUCAUUUACGAAUGUGAUUGCACUUUAGUUUACACAUUUAAAUGUUCAGAUAUUAAGAUUUGAAUGAGGCAAAAUAACAUGCUUUUCCCCUCAAAUAUAUUAGAAUCAUGUUUCAGAUGUACUGUAAUUAUCUUCUAUAUAAAAAUUCAUUUGGUGUUCAAAAAGUUUUUUUUUCAAACUUGAGUCUUGAAAAAGAGGGGGUCGUCUUAUAUUCGGGCCAAUACGGUAAUUCAUUAUUUUCUCAAGCUUUUUAUCAGAGUUUGUUCUACAUAAUGUCUGAGUGAGUGCAUGUCCGAGACUGGUGAUUCCAUACUUUUUGCUAGGGGUUGUAUAUAUAUUUGUAUAUUGUUGUAGAUCAAACAGCAUUUGUCGUUAAUAAUAUAAGCACUGCUGCAUCUGUUUCAAAUAUAAAGUCAGCCUUUGAAAAACAGCAAACCAUGCAGACUGUACAUGUUAGCAUUGUGCUAAUGUCCCUCGCCAAUAAUUGAUUUACAAAAUUGCUUUUUUACAGGCAAUUUGUCAGAUGUUGAAAUUCCAGAAAUGACUGUGAAGAAUAAGAUGAAAGCAUUGUGCUAGCGCAUUAUCUUCAUUUAAAGACAAAACCAUUGUUACUGUUCUGCAGAAGUCUCGGUAGCUUUAACAAUGCUAAUUAACAUCUAUAUUUCCUUCAAUGAGUCCAGCUAACAAGCUUUAGUCUGCACACUACACUAGGCUAACAGCUAGUCCACUGUACAUUUGAUGUUUUGUUUUUGACGAAAUAAGGCAGUAAGGUGACAAAAGUGAUAUUUAUCUUUCCAAACAGUCUCUCCACGAUCCGACAAGGUGAAAGCAUGACUAUUCAACGUGUCUUUUAAUAACUGAACUGAUAGUGUGCUAUUUUACAUACAUUGAGAACAGUUGACCAAAAAAUAAGUACUUUCUCCACAUGAAAACGACUUUAGAAAAUAAUGUGGCCACGUCGUCCCACAAAAUGCCGUUCAUCAAUGCUACUCAUCAGGCGUCAUUUUCUUAUAAUACAAGUCCACCUGUGAAAUGUCCCUUCCCAAGCUUUUAAGUUCGUGUCAACGCUCGUCCAUCAGAAAAUUCCAGAGGCGGGAAUGACGAGGAAAUCCUCGGCGGAGGCGGUCUCGAAUCCAGCGCGCAGACGAGAAGGUUGCAUAAUACCGAAGAGGUGUUGUGCUCGGUCCGGAAUCGCGUGCAAGGAGGAAGGGGUGGUCCCGGCCGGAGCUAACCCUCAUCUUCGGUGUCCUCGUCCAGCUCCUCGUCCGACAGACGCUCCGGUAGCCUGAAGCACUCCUCGAAAAAGUUGACCAACGCCUGGUUCAGAUGCUGUUGGGUCGCCUCGUUGUGGAUGAAGUGGCCCUCGUCGGGGUAGAUCUGACGAGAACAACCUUUAUGUUAAAGUCGUGUUUUUUAAAAAGAAGCAACCAUGUAUUAAAAGUUUUUUUUACA